AUGCAAACAAUAGAAAUUGAAUGGAAUUCAGACACUAAGACUACGGAUGAUUUAGGAUUCUUUAACUUGUUGCCGUUUACAAUGGUGAUCAUUUUGAUUAAACAUCCAAAGACAAAAUCUUCUCAUCUGCUUUUGCAUCAUCUUAAAAAAAGGCACUGUUCGAUGUAUCAAAUUAGCGCUGCAUUAGGAAAAUGCAUUGAACUGAGAAGAAUUGUGAUGACUGAAGAUAGGGGUUUGGUUCAAGUUAUUGAGUUUGCCCUGAGACUCGCAAAAAUGCAAAUCUGA